GAUGUAGGAGUCGUCUAUUUCUUUCACCGGAGACGAGAAAUCCCGACUAAGGCUGAUCACAGUUUUGGGUCGGAAUCACAACACAACCGAAGCGAAAAUCCCUAAUUCUCCCGAAAUCUAAUUUCCCAUAAAUCCGAUCGUAAACAAACACCGUCUGGAUAAACCCUAGUUUAUGUGCCUGUUUCAAGCUCAGAUUUUUCCUUUAUUUAUGAGCUAAGCCGACCUUGUAAGCGCAAACCUGAUGGCAGGCAGCCCAGAAGUUGAGGACACUCAGGACAGUGUGGAUCUCGAAGAGGGUAACUACAGUGAAAUGGAAGAAGUUGAAGAGGAACAGGUUGAAGAAUACGAAGAAGAUGAUGGCGAGGCCGAAGAACAUGGUGAGGAGGAAUAUGGAGCCACAAAAGUGGAGAAUAGGGAAGAAGAAGAUCAAGAUCGGUCAUCCGAAGAGGAUCAGACCCAUGUUGAUAUUGAGGCUACAGAAGACGAAGAGAAACCAGGAUCUCCUGUUAACGAAGAAGAAAGGGAAGAGUACUCCCGUCUUCUUUCACUCCCUCCCCAUGGUUCUGAAAUUUUUAUCGGAGGUCUCCCAAAGGACAUUGGAGAAGAGGACUUGAGAGAUCUCUGUGAACCAAUUGGCGAGGUUUUUGAGGUGAGACUGAUGAAAGAUAGAGACUCUGGUGAGAGCAAAGGCUAUGCUUUUGUGGCUUUCAAAUCAAAAGACAUUGCCCAGAAAGCCAUUGAGGAGCUGCAUGGCAAAGUGUUAAAGGGCAAGACAAUAAGAUGCUCCCUUUCCGAAACUAAGAAUAGACUGUAUAUUGGUAACAUUCCAAAGAGCUGGACGGAGGAUGAGUUUAGAAAGGUCAUAGAAAAUGUGGGCCCCGGAGUGGAGCACAUUGAGCUCAUAAAGGCAAGAGACCCAACAAAUCCAAAUUGUAGCCGAGGUUUUGCAUUUGUCUUGUACUAUAACAAUGCGUGUGCCGAUUAUUCAAGGCAGAAAAUGAUAGAUGCUAAUUUCAAGCUUGAGGGGAACACUCCAACUGUGACGUGGGCUGAUCCUAAAGCCUCUCCUGAGUACUCAGCUGCUGCUGCUCAGGUGAAAGCUCUUUAUGUCAAGAAUAUACCUGAGAAUACCUCUACAGAUCAGCUGAAAGAACUGUUCCAGAGGCAUGGCGAAGUGACCAAAAUUGUCAUGCCUCCUGGAAAGGGUGGAAAGCGGGAUUUUGGUUUCGUCCAUUAUGCUGAAAGGUCUAGUGCAUUGAAGGCUACCAAAGAUAGUGAAAAAUAUGAAAUCAACGGUCAAGUAUUAGAAGUAGUGAUUGCUAAACCCCAGACAGAGAAGAAAACUGAUUCGUCCUAUCCCUAUGGAGCCGUGCUUCAUCCUUCUCCCUUUACUGCUGCUCCUGCGUUCGGUGGUUUUGCUGCGGCUUCAUAUGGUUCUCUUGGUGUUGCCGGUGGUUUCAAUCAGCCGAUGAUCUAUGGUAGAGGGGCAAUGCCGACGGGGAUGCAAAUGGUGCCGAUGGUUCUCCCAGAUGGGCGGAUUGGCUAUGUUCUGCAACAGCCUGGCAUGCAGAUGGCACCACCACCUCAAACUAGCAGAAGAGUUGACCGUACAAAUGUCUCGAGCGGAGGGUCAGGUCGAGGCAGCAGUGACGAUGGCAACCGCGGUCGAAGGUACCGUCCGUACUAGGCCUAUACGAAUAUGAUCCACCCCCGAAAAAAGGAAAAAGAGGUGUAUUAGAUUUGUUUGUAGUCUGCUUCUGGAAACUGAAAACAUAUAAAUGUGAAUCGAACUCUACAUUUCUGAUGGAUAAAAGGGAUUUAGGCAAAAGGGGAUGAAGGUUGAAGUAAUCUUGUUGACCUCAAUAAUACAAUAUGACUCUUCUUUCGGACA